GUCGACUUGCAUGGCGCCAGCUCCAUAAAGAUCCCCAAUCCUCCAUAUAUCGACCAAGCCGAGAAGAUUGCCCCCCACAUGGUCAUGCAUCAUGUGGCGACUGCUCCAACGCCAACAAAGCUCACGUGAACUCAAAGCUUGCUCGGGAGUAAUGAAGCUUGAUGAAGCAAGACCGACCAUGUACGAAGUGCUCAAAGCGACGCUACAUCAGAGCCGACAAGUCUCUUCUCCAAGGUACGCCAACAUCACACCACCCGACAAGCAGAACCUUGGAGCACAUGCAUUCCGCGACCGGAUAAGAUACCAUUGGGAGGACAUGCCAAGCGCGACCGACGACGACGACUGGGCCCGCGCGGUAGUGGCCACAGACGUGCUCCGGAGCGGCAGCCUCCUUGCCAAGGCAUUCCGUAUGCGCGUCGCGGACGAGCCCGAGCUCGCCAAGCAAGGCGUCACAGACCGCCUGAGCGCGCUCACAAAAGAGGCCGCGCAGGCGCAUGGCACGUUCGUUGGCGACGACCUCGAGCGCAUCCGACUGUUCGUGUUUUCGAAGGAAGCAAAUGCUGUGAAGAAGACGUUUGACGCGGCAAUGCCAUCCGCCGUGUUGCGCGAGCAGGCGCUGACCGCUACGACGACGCCGGCGCAAGUGCAUCGCGUCAGCGACUUUCAGAAGCGCUACUACAUGGAAAAGCACCUCGAGCUCGUCAAGAAAUGUCUCGCAGCGUCAACGCCGAGUGCAACUGAUGCCCGCGACGCGAUGCCGUACGCCAUCUCGGCCCAUGCACCGACGGACCUUCCGGAGAAGCUCUUCUCGCUCGCGUCUGGACGCCUCCAGAUCGAGAUGCUCCAGUCGUUUCGUCUUCUCAACCCUGCGUUCUUCCAGAAAGGCAUGCAUAUCUUGGUGCGCACGCUCCUCGAUGGACCGCCGCUGGCCCUGCGCACGAUUGCGCCUAAGACGGCAGAGGCAGCCAUGCUCGACGACCUCUCGGCGAUGGCCCGCUCGACGAUGGACGGGUCCAGUGACGAUGGCACGGAGGCUGCGCUCGCUCUCUUGUGCGCACUUGGCGCGGCGAGCGGCCGCGUUCGAUACCUUCUCUCGGUCGCUAUGGGGCUCUUGACUUGGACACCGCCGACUUUCCCAUCCACAGCAUUUGUUGCUGACGUUGACGCCGUCAUUGCCCGCCUCGAAGCUUACUCGCUCCACUUUCCGAUCGGUCUUGUCUCGACACAGAACGUCAUGCGUCAUUUCCAGGCGCCGGGCGAACGGGCGACGGCGCUGGCCACCGACGGGACUUUUCUAUACAUGUGGUGCGAUGAUCUGGUCAAGGUUGGGGCACUUACCUCGGUGCCGACGCCGUCGUCGAGCGUGCCCAACUCGUCUACAUCCAGUCGGCGUUGCUCGUAGCUCUCGACAUUGUGCAACCGGACGGCACGGCACGCUCGGUCCACUUGAUGAUGCAGCCCGAUACGAUGUGUGCCGAGGUCGUGUCGAUCGAUCGAGGCACCGCAACGAUCUGUACGGACGGUGUCCAUCUCUUUGUGGUUGAGUUGCACGAGGCAGCGGUGGCUGUGCACGAGCUUGUUUGUGCGGCGUCCGAGUGGGCCAGAGCGCCGCUUCCGGUGUUAGUGGCCACGGUCUCGAUGUCGGCAGAUGUACAAGCAUUCUGGACAUCGCCCGAGCCGUUUAUGUGCGCCACGAAUGGACACAAUGUUGCGGCCUACCGUGUCGACGAAACGCGUCUCUGCUGCGCAACGAUAGACUUGGCGACGGCACAAGCGACGGCUACGGUCGCUGUCUCGGCCGACUGCCCCGUCUCUGCGAUCACUUUGGAUUUGCGCAACAACAUUCUCUGGACAGCUACCGGAAAGACGAUCAUGUGCCAUCGCAACGACGGUCCUCGAGCCGAGAUGCCGCCGGUGACCGACAAGGACGACGUCGUGACGCUUCUCGCCGCGACAGAGAGCUCUUGCAUAUCGGUGCUUGUCCGUCUCUUUGGCACGUGCAAUCGAGUCGUCGACGCCUACUGGAGCGACGAGAGUGCGCUCUCGACUGCGCUUUUGGACGUGGCGUUUGCUGUGGACGUCUGCCCAAGUACGUUUGGCGACCUGAUUUUUCUUGUCGAGAAGCUCACGAGUCACCCCGUCAUCGCACCGUGGCAAGCGUUUGUCGUCGAAGUGAGUCUCAAGCUGCUCUCCAUCAACACGGCUCAAUGGAGCGCUGCGCCCGAGUCGAUGCCAGACCACAGUGCGAUCCGAGAUGUCGUUCAGCGCAGUGGUCUGCGUGAUGUCCUCGCCACGUUGUUUCAGGGCGAAUCUACAUUACCACGGCUCCGUGACGCCUCCCGUCGCCUCUACGUGCUCUCGAUCGACAUGUUGUAUCCUUCGGUAGACGCGCAGUGGGCGUUGCUCGCAACUUGCGUCGCGACGAACGACUCGAUCACGCUUCCGCUUGUGCGGCGCAUGGCAUCGCGGUCCAAAAUGCAAGCGCUUGUCGCUGGCGAAAUUUCACCGGCGCUUUGGAGCUCGAUCGCGCAGCUUGUCAAUGCUUCAGUGACCUUGACACUGGCCCAAAUGGACGGCGACACGGCAUCGGAGCGUGCCGUUCUCGGUGCCGCGCUUGUCUCUCUCGUCUCGACGCUGCUGGACGCGGUCGCAGCGACGUGCGAACGGCAUUUAUCGGCGACAGCGCACGUCAUUGGUGUCGUCCUCGCCGCUUGCGACGCGCUGUGUGUACGUGUUGCCACGGCACCAACCGCUGCCUUCUUGCAGCUUCUCGAAUCGAGCUUGCUCGGAGCGGUGGCACCAAAGUUGUUUGCAACUGUCGAGUAUCUCGUGGCAUCGUUGCCGGCGGCAACACCGGGUCUGAGCCAUGUGGUCGCCGACUUUGUACCGGUGGCAAUGGCGUUGCUCGAGCGCAUGCAGCCGCUGUUUGGCGCUGUCGAACGCCGCGAUACGUUUGUCGAGACAAAACACUGCGGGAGCACGGCCGUCGUGUUCGAGUCGGAGCACGAGUACCGCAACGACAUGCACGAAAUCAAGGAGCUACGUCUCGAUGGCGCGCAGAGCAUGACCAUUACGUUUGACAGCCGGUGCCGCUCCGAGUACAACUACGAUUACGUCGUCUUUUACACGGACAAGUCGUGCACGACGUUUUAUGGCGAAGACAAGUACUCGGGUCGCGACAGCUCCUUCAACUGGCCCGGCGUCGGCAAUUUGCCGCCGCUUGUCAUUCCGGCCGACCAUUGCUUUGUGCUAUUUCACUCGGACGGCUCCAACACGGACUGGGGCUACAAGUUCACGGCCACGGCCAACGUGACGGAGAACAGCCGUUCGUUCGAGAUGCACUGGCUUACGAGCCUGGAGCAGUGUGUAUUGGAUGCGCUUCAUAGCAUCGUCACGCUCGAGGCAGCGUGGUGUCCCGUGGCGCCGUCCGAGACUGCACUACACCGUGUGCUCGAGUCGGAUCUGUUGCAUGGCGGCAUGUCAGCGCGACCCACCGACAGCAACGACGACGGCGUGGUGCAAUUCCUGCACCAGCUCAUCGACGCAACCGACGACGAUGACGACAUGCCCAGUGCUGCUCGCGUGGCCCAGCUCCUCAAAGCCAAGACGCCCCAAGACCAAGGCACCGUGCCGCACAUCAACCGUGCUGUCCGAGCGGUCGCCGCGGCCAUUCUGCACCACAAUAUGUGGGGCGUCGAUGCCUAUGCGCUUGGCCAGGGCCUCCGAAGUGAUGCAAGCCCGUCGCUAUUACGCGCAUGGAAGAAUGCGCAAAAGAUGCGCAACUGGUUUGAUAUCGGUGACGCGCAGCGCCCACUGCACUCCGUGCCAACGUCGACGCCGACGUUGCAGCGCCAGCCGUCGGCGUUUGCUGGCGCAUCUGAGGCCGCGCUGCGGACGCUGUGUGCCAACGUCGAGGCGCGUGCGCGCUUCCUCCUCGCGCUCGGGCCUGCGUCGUUUAGCCUGGCAGCUGCUAACGACCCAAACGAAGCGACCAAGCGCUGGCAACUUCUUGCCAAGUACGGCGUUGCGCUCCAGAAGAGCGAAGACCCGGCCUCGAUCGUCGCAAAGUGGCACACGCUCGUCGACGAAGUGGAGGCCGCAACGCAGCUGCAGCAGUUGAUGCUGUAUCGCAAAAGCUCGGCGGGUCGCACCGAUGGCCGCCACGCCAAGACCAUGACGGAGCUUGUUCUCGAGUUUGUGCAGAGCGACGUUGAUGUUGUCGCGCUUCGGGCGGUCAUUGAGAUGCGCAACCAACGCGCGUCGCUUCGACGCCGUAGUCUGAACAUUGUGGCGACAACGAUGGCGACGACGACAAACUCCCGCUUGUGUCACGUGGUACUAUCCCGCUGGGCGUCGUCGCUUCGGGGGCUCGAUCAACGGCACGUGCACGUGCUCGACCACUUGGCAGGGUGCGGUGCCGACGCACGCAGUGCCGUCGAGGAGGCCUACGCCUCUCUGCUCGCACCGCUCCAGUGCCUCCUUGCAUGUGACGACCCUCUCGUACAACUGAGCGCGCUGCAGUGCCUUGCGCAGGACUUUGCGUUCCGCGAUGGCGACAUGCUCGUCGCUAGCCGUGUCGUGCCCGCUGUGUUUUCGUUGCUGCAGACGCCGACGUCAGACGUCCGUGCGGCGGCGCAGGCCGUGGUCCGCAUUCUUCUCGAGCGUUUUGUACAAGUCGACAAGCGCGGUGGCAUCCAAGCUCACAUUGCGGCGUGUGUGGCAGACUACACGGUGGCGUUGACGACGGUGCCGGCCUGCCGCUAUCUUCCGAGUCAUGCCCCGGGGCAAAGUGUGGUGACGCCGACACCGGUGCCCAACGUCGGGUUUUGGAUGAUGGUCCCCGAGAUACCAUCCGUUCGACUUCAUGAAGGUGACCUGGUCAAGCACGGACCGCAAUGGCGCGAUGCAGCACCCGACAACGCGGCCAUCGGUGUCGUCACGAGUAUCUUCAACGAUGUGAAUGUGGCGGUGCGCUGGCUGCCGCGCGUCGGCGUGAAGGAGGUCCACGGGUGCCACGUCUACGACGUCGGUGCCAAGACCUUUGAGAUCGUCCCACUGCGCUUCGACGCCAGCGGCCAGAUUUUGUUAAAGGCGCACGUCCUCGGCGACUCGUGGCUGCACCGGCUUCUCGGCUUGUCAUUGACGCAGACCUACCACCUGGACGUGGCACUCGCCGACGGCACGGCAGCAGCAGUGCACCUCCAAACACCGGCGCCGUUGGUGCUGGGUGCGUGGCACCAUGUCGGCAUCGCGGCUACGGACGCGGAAUCCAACUAUGCAUUGUACGUCGACGGAGCACCGGUGCUAGCGUUACCGCUCAGUCUGCAUCUGCAACAUCAAGUGCGCAACGAAGCACGUCUUGUCGAAUCGCUGCAUCCGUCGGUCGUCAAGGGCUGGCAGUACUUUACGGUGGACAUUGACGGUGCCAGUGCGCUCCAGGUGGCAUUUGACGCGCAAACAACCACCGGCGGCGACGACGACGACGCGUGCUACGUGGUUUUUUACCACGAUGACUCGCAUACAAGUACGUGGGGGGAUGCACGGUAUACGUCCAAGAACAACCUGCCCGGCGUCGAUGGCAACAGUCCACUUGACAUUGCGGCUGGCACCUUUGUACUGGGCUACUACACUAGCGAAGCGAGUGCCGACCUUUGGGGUUUUCGACUGUGGGUCUAUGACACCGAUGUGUUGGUGCGCGCGUCGCCAGUCUCGCGUCUCUAUGUGGGCGAGCCACCGGGGCGCGUCGGCGCCGAGAAGGCGGCAGGGUGCUACGUGCACGAUUUGGACAUUACGUGGCGGCCGACGCCCGAGGCUGUUGGCAUAGCGCGUGCGGCGCUGCCAGACCCCGCGACGACGACGCUACACGAUGCACCGUGGCACGUUCUUGGAUGCGUUUUGGCGUCCGUGCACGGGCCGCCCGAUGUUGCGCGCCAGGUGCUGACGCCAGCAACGUUUCAACAUCUGGUCGAGUGUGCAUUUGCAUCGGCACACCCUGUCGAGUUUCGGUGUGCGGCGACGUACGUCGCUGCCCAGAGCCUCGUGCUGCACCCGCGCAGCGGUGUUGCAACGGCACUGCUGCAAGAGUACGUUGAUCGUGCAAUGCAGUUUCUGAUCGAGGACGCCAACCCGUGGGCACCGCCGGGUGGCGUCACGAUGGCGCCGGCGCAUGCAAGUCUUGUCGGUGCUGCGUAUGCAGCGUUUGUGCGGGCUGCAUCGACGCACCCGAACGUCGCGUCGUCGAUAGAGGCGAAACUCAAAAUCAGCUUGCGGCUUGAGCACGGAGUCGGGUGUGCCCUUGCCGCCGCGUGGGUUCUCGGUGGCGACUACGACCAUGCCCACGUCGGUACGCGCAUCCAGACACUCGACAAGCGGGACAACCCCGAAGGUACGAUCGAGGGCGGCUACAUCGUCAGCAUCGACGUCGUUGGCGACGAGCGCGUCGCCCGGGUGCUCUUUGAUUUGGACCCAACCCGCAUCGAGUCGCUGCGCCUCGAUGCUCUGCGCCUAGACCCGGCGCCACCGGCCUACGUCGACGUCGCUCAGCGGCUCGUUAGCGCUUGCGCGCCCGAAAUUCUCGGCGCAAUCGAGGCGGCGACGCAUUCAGCGUCUCCAUGCAUGAUGGACGUGCGGGCGCGGCUGCUCAAGGUGCUCGGUCGGCUCUGUAAAACUUCGGCCGCCGUGGCUUUGCUCUUGCCGCCGCUGCUUUGUCUUGCCAAAGCCACGCCGUCCGGGUCCUCGAUUGCUGUCAAGCCCGCUUGCAAGGUGCUUGAAUCGACGCACCCGUACAAAGACUCGAUCGACAUCUACGAAACUGUGUCAUUCCCCGGCGCCACCAGCUGCCGAAUCACCUUUGACGCUGCGUCCCGCACCGAGAAGGACUGCGACUAUAUGACGUUUUACAAGGACAAUGACAAGCGGGACGAGUUCUGGGGCCUCGAACGCUACUCGGGUCGCGACGACACGGUGUGUUUUCCCGGUGUUGGGGACGAAGCGCCGCUCGUCAUCCCCGCGAGCCAUUUUACGUACUACUGGCACACGGACAGCUCGAACAACGACUGGGGCUGGCGCUUCACAGUGCAGGCCAUCUUUGAGCCCGUGGCCCCUUCGUCGCUGACAAUUCCACAGCUCAACCAGCGGCUUUGCCACCUCUCUGAGAUGCUGCUGGAGCUCCCACCGCAUGUUGACACCCACGACGACGCCGUGACAUUGACUGCCGUCCCAUCCACGGUAGCCCCGAGCGUACACGGCGACGUGGAGAUCUCUGCCGUCUACUUCGGCGAGAGCUGCUCCAACGACUGGGUCGUCGUCGCUAGCAAAGACGUCGAUGUACUGACGGCCCCGAAUGCGACGUCGAUCACCGGAAUCCUUCACCAUGGUACGACCGUGCACGCGCUCGAUGUCUCGGGCGAGUGGGUGCGCAUUGCAGCGCGUGACGAUACCAACCUCGCCGGCUGGAUGCUACGACAUGUCGAUGGCGAACGAACGUUGGCUCAACCGACAAUGUACGCCCCACUCGAGCAUGGUCUCGUGUUCAUCGGAGCCCCUGAAAGUAACGAGGCGCCGGUGUCACCCGAGCUCGACGCUGGAGACGCUGUCCGUGCCGUUGAGUCUCACUUUGACGUGUCGACGAUCUACGCCGUUGAGACCCGGCGACCGCACGAUCUCAUGCGCGACCUCCUAGAGAGCUUGGGUGUGCAGUACGCUCGGGCUUGUCUGCAUGCGUACGUGGCGUCGGAACGAACAGAUGCGCUCCCUGUCGAUAUCCUUCUCGGUCUUGCCGACCUCGUCGUCAACAGCGAGUCGCCAACGUCGGCGCUCAGUACGCUCGUGCAACGCCUCAUCGCUGCCGACGGUGCCUUUGGUGAGGCCGUCGCGGCGGCGUGCACCCGUGCGAUCGCGCGGGACCUCGCGGCGCUGCCCAAACAGCCGCGCGUACGUCGCGUCGAGAGCCUUCUGCCCAACUACCAUGAGCGCAUCUGCUUUCCCGGCACGUCGACGAUCCGAAUCGAGUUUGACGCAGCGACGCACUGCCCCGACGACGGCGGCGUUGUCUUUAUCGGUCGUGACGGCGCGAUCCCCGAUGGACCGUAUCAUGGGUCGGCGGACGGCGACAACUGGCCCGGCGUCGGCAGCAAGCCGCCGUUGCUGUUUGCGUCCGACACGAUCCACGCGUUCUUUCGUUCGGACGACGAGAGCUCCGAGGCGUUGGUUGCGUUCACAGCGUACGACAAUGCCGCCGGCGCCACGGUGACCGAGGACGUCGAUGCCCUUCUUUCGUCGCUGCGGCUACACAUGUGGGUCCUCUUGCAAGUCGGCUGCGCGCAUUUACCUAACAUGACGCCGCUGCUGGACGCCACUUGUCAAUUGUACCAAGCGGCGCCUGUGCGCCUGCAGUUGCAAGUGCUCGAGCUGUGGUCCACUUGGCUUCAAAACGACGCAACCCGAGUGUUUGAGCAGCUACCGCCGAUGCACGUCCACCGAUUCCUCGCCUUUCUCAAGACAAAGCUUUGGGCGCAGCACAAACUGGAGGAAGCGCACACGACCAAGUCGCCCUUGCUGCGUCGGCUCUUCCAGUGCGUCGUCGACGCCGACGAGCACCUCGAGUUGUACCUCUUGUCCCUGGCAGCGGGUCCAUCAGCGACGUGGGCAGGUGCAACGACCGACGUUGUUUUGACUGACGACGGGGCCUGCGUCCAAAAGGUAGCGGCCAGCAGCGCGCCAACGAUCGUGCGCUCCGCAUCGGGGGCUGCCGCCGGGCUCAACGUUUGGGACAUCCUCGUCGUCUCGGCGCAAGAGCACGUCGUUGUCGGCCUCGUCACGGACGGCGAGACGACGCUGCUGCACGUAUGGCCGACCGACGCAGUGGCCUUGCGCACGAACGACAUUGCGACCGUCGAACUCGAUUUGAAACGACGGGAAGUGCGGUAUUUGCGCAACGGUGCCCUUGUAUGCGCUCGCCACGUAGAAGCGGGGCGGAUGUACUACCCAGCCGUCCAACUGGUGGAUGCAGAGGACACGGUCGCCCUUCAAACGUCGCAGCCGCUGCAGUGGCUACGUUUCGUGCAAGCGAUCAACCCGCCAUGGUAUCAACGCGCUGUCGCGUCGCUUGGGCUGCUCGAAUGCUUCCACCGACGCACUGAUGCCUCAAGUCGCUUUAGUACCGAGAUACCAGAUUCCGUGGUCUUGGCCACCGUGGUGCGUGGUGCUGACUGGGCCUACGACAACGAAGAUGGCGGUGUUGGCAACGUUGGUAUCGUGAUCACAAAGGAGCCGUGGUGCGGUCAGCCCGAUGCAGCCGUACGCGUGCAGUGGCUUCACGACAAGUCGACGGCACUCUACCGGUUCGGGUACCGUGGUCUCUACGACGUGCUGCCUGCAGCGGUGUUUUCGCCAUCGACGCAGUCGCGCACUGAAAAUCCUCAUGGCUUUGUCGCCCUCGACGGACCGGUGCACGUGACGAUUCCAAACUUGCCAUCGAUUCACGGCGACUGGACGAUCCAGCUCUGGUUCCGUCGUGAAGGCUUGUUUGCUGAGACUCAAGUCCUUCUUCACGUGGCAACAGACGCCAACUGGUGGCUGCGGCUGGCGCUCGACUCGAAGCGCCGCCUGCAGCUGGUCGUGCACGCCGGUCAACCGCAGCAAAUUACGUGUCCCCGGGUGCUGGCUCUCGACGCCUGGACGCGAGUAGAUGUCUGCGCCUUUGGCUCGGGAAUUGCGUUCCACGUGAACGGAGACCUUGUACACCACGACCGUCUGGGCGCCAAGGUGCAGUGCGCGCCUGCGACUUCGACGACGCUGCACCUCGGCGCCAGCGACGAAGAUGGCAGCAAGCCAUGGCGCGGUCAACUUUCGCAUGUCCGGUUCUGGGAUGCUCCGAUGCACAUGCAGCAAUACUAUGCCGAUGUGCUCAAGCGGCAGUACAACUCGGUCGACGUCGGGGAACCGGCGACGUUCGAAAAACUGUCUUUGGUGGCAGCUACGGCGCCGAAGGAGUUUUCUGACGGCACAAGAGCGCUACUCACGUCGUACCAAGCCUUUACGUACGUCAAUCGCCACGGUGACUUUGCGAGCCUGCGCCCGCAAGGUAUCGGUGUCUUGGCACCGAGCUGUGCACACGGCAAGGUCUACUACGAGCUCACGCUGCUGCGUUCCACGUGCCUUCAGCUCGGCUGGUCGUUUGGGGACUGCGCGAUUGCGUCGCGCGACAUGGGCAUUGGCGACUGCGGUCGGUCGUUUGGGGUCGACCUGUGCCGCCAAGCCAUGUGGCACGACGAAAAGACGACGAUCUCGGAAGCCAUUUGGCAGCCCGGUGACGUUUUUGGCUGUCUUCUCGACUGGCACGCCGGCGUCAUGUCGUUUUCUCUUAAUGGCCGCGUCCUCACCAACGUUCGCUUUCAGUGCACCAGUGCGACGCUGACGCCCAUGUCCCCAAAGGAUGGUACCGCCAGCAGCCAGUGGAGUCGAGACGGCGAUGCCGACGAUGACGACAAUGGUGACGAUGGUGACGACGAAGUCUCUUGCGCGGAUGACGAAGAGAGUGACGACAGCGACAGCCACAGUAGCCCCUCGAAGGCGUCUGAUGCCGAGCACGCGACGACUUCUGCGGACACUCCACCGCUGGUGUCCAGCGCGAUGCCCGAAACGGCGACCGCCGAAGCGACGCCCGACAACAGUGCGACGGACGACGAGCGCCCCGGAAGCGCGUGGCUGCGGCAUGGUGGGAUCUUUCCGUCGGGGUCGUUCUUGACAGGCGACGGUGCAAUCUGGAACCUCGGCCAACGGCCUUUCCACCACCUCCCCGAUGGCUACGUCUCGGUGCUCGAAGCCGCGGGUGUCCCGUGCAACGCCGCGGUGCAAUUUGAGAUCUUUGAUUUCGAAGAAAAUGGCUGGCAGCCGGUCGCGUACCGUCAUGGCGUGCACGACGUGGCGCCGCGACUGCUCGGCGCGUGGAUUGAAGUCGCCGGCACCGAGUGUACUGUGCCCGACACGUCGCGCUUCGAGCGGCACGGUGCUACACUUUCUACGCCGCCGUGGUCGACCAGCAGCCCACAGGUGUCGCUCUCACGCCCCCCACUUUCUUGUUCUGCGCGGUUCCAGUCGUCCAGCGUGGCCAUGUCGGCGGUUCACGCCAAAGAGAACGAAGAGCUCGUGCGCUACAUCAACAACGUCUGCAGCGCGCGCUCAUUGACGUCCGAGGCGCUCUUUGCGCUGUCGUGGGCCGACGUGGCGCCAGAAGAAACGGCGCUUGUCCGAUGGCCGCUGCUCGCCAAACUGCACGAUGUGCCGUCGACCGAGCCAACUUCGCUCUCGGCGCGCUUUGCCUUGCUAGUGGCAUUGAACAAGGUCAUGCUCGGGCUCCUACAGUACGUCGAUCUCGUGGUCGACGAUGGCCCGCGGACGUUGGUGUCGCGCCUCACGGCUGCCCGCGGUCUUCUCUUCCACGUACUCAAGCGCGAGCUCUGGGACGUGCAGGUGACGGCGACCGGUGUCUCGUCGACGGAGCGCCUGCUGACGCUCAACCGCCCCAAGGCGACGCGUGGGCGACUUGCAUCGCACGGGACAAACCCGUUUGCUCUUUUUGCGCAAGCUUACCGCGUCUUGAGUUUAUGGGACGCGACGUGCUAUCGGUCAACGGGCAACUUGUACAAGGUGACGUUCCUCGGCGAGAACGCCGUCGACGGUGGCGGUCCGUACCGCGAGACGUUUACUGAGUUUUGCGCCGAGUUGCAGAGCCCCCAGUUGCCGCUUCUUCUCCCGACAUCGAACGGCCAACACAAUGUCGGGCAUUGCCGUGACGCCUACGUCUUGCACCCGCAGGCGCAUGUCCAGCACACUUCGAUGCUCGUUUUUCUCGGCAAGCUUCUCGGUGUGGCCAUUCGCACCAAGGAUUGCCUCAGCUUGACGCUGUCCCAAGUCAUUUGGAAGCUUCUUGUCCGCGACGUUGUGACGGUCGAGGACCUCGAAGCCGUCGACGCGCUCAUUGUCAACUCGAUGCGGGCGCUGCGGACAAUCGACACGACCGGUGUCACGGCAGCGCAGUUUGCCGACGUCAUUGAUGAGACGUUUACAACGCUGUCGACCGACAACCGUACGGUGGCCCUCCGCCCGCACGGCGACACGAUCGCAGUGACGUUUGAGAACCGAUGCGAGUUUGCCGAUGCCGUUGAACAGUUUCGGUUGCACGAGUUUGAUGCAGCGGUGGCGUGCGUCCGGCGCGGCCUCGGCAUGGUCGUGCCGUUGCGGUACCUCCGGCUUUUCACGUGGCGCGAGCUCGAAAGUCUUGUGUGUGGGUCGCCGGACGUUGACAUUGACUUGCUUCAGCAGUGUACCGAGUACAGCUCGUGCAGUGCGUCGGAUAUGCAUGUCACUUGGUUUUGGGACGUUCUCCGGGCGUACAGCCACGACGCCCGGCGCGCGUUUCUGCGGUUUGUCUGGGGCCGGUCGCGGCUACCGCGGACGUUGCCCGAGUUUCAAGCCGGUCAGCAGUUUAAGCUCACGGCGUUUGAUCGGCGGCCCGCCGACAGCUACAUGCCCGUGUCGCACACGUGCUUCUUCUCGCUCGAGCUGCCACGCUACUCGAGCCACGCCAUCUUGGAGGCCCGCUUGACGUACGCGAUUUACAACUGCCAAGCCAUUGACGGGGACGGGGACACGAUGGCGGCCAACCAACUCGGCUGGGAAGAUUAACCGAUUCAUGCAUAUCUACGUUACCUCACUGUGGCCACAUUUUGUCAUUGGGCCAGAAUACUGUGUGUUGAAUCUAUCACAGUAUAUUCUAGACGCGCUGCUUGCGGCCAUGACGUUACCUGGAGAUGAAGACCACCCGGUUUCAUGACGUGGCAGCCUCUCGAUGCAGCGUAUCUUGGAUCCCCGAUCGUGUUGAACAGAGAGCUUCAGCUACUAGCAAAGAUUCGAGCGAAUAUGACUGUACAUUGACGA